AUGAUUUCAAGCCGAAGAUAUGCGAUCCUUGUCCUCCUCGUAUGCAUCACGGUCACCUCCGGCGCACCGACACCGGACCCCCUGUCACUCGGCGGGUUCGGUAAGUUUCUAAAGUGCGUCCAAACUCAUUGCCUCGGCUCAGGACGCGUCGCUGAUCAGCUCAAACGUACAACGCCAUCUGUUGCGUGAUCUGGCAGUCCCUUCUCGUGGUUCGGUCAUAAAAACUCGAGUGACGGCACCACAACGUCGGGUACUUCAGCGAACACCAGCACCUCGCACCCAGAGAGCACGGCUGGAAUCGCCGCUGCAGUGGCUUUAGAGAAGGCCGACCCGUGGAACAAUACGCAGGUUUGUGCCGUUGCUUGUGCCGAGAAAGAGAACGGUAUCACGUGAGCAUCGCAAAACCCAAGUUGUUCCGCCGCCGAAAGCUGCCGCGACCGUCGUUCUAACGUGUUCGGCUUAUGGCUCGAUCCCGACCUGAACAGGAAAAGUGGGUUGUGCCCGGAGCUAUGCAAGGCGGCGAUGAAGUUGCGAAAGACACAGAAAGCAAGUGAGUUGUUCGUUACCGUUCGCUCUCGGGACUGA